AAGUAACCAUGCAUUAGCAGCAAUGAUGUGGUUUUUACUCAUAACCGGUUGUGUUUCUCUCUCUUUGUUUGAUUGACAGGCUCAGAAUCGUGCUGAUUACUAUACCCCUGGUCAGAUUGCUCUGCUCCGCCAAUGUGUUCAACCUCAGUAUUUCCAGGCCAUGCCCAACACCGUCAGGCCCUCGGCGCCCCGUCCGCAUACCUUCGGCGCCAUGCGUCCCACCUUCCAGGUCCCACGGGUGAUGGCGCCCCAGCGCAUGGUGUCUCAGGCCAUGGGCCCUCAUCCCACCGCCACAGGUGCAGCCACAGGAGCAGCUCAGCCUGCUGUCCACGUUCAGGGUCAGGAGCCUCUGACGGCGUCCAUGUUGGCUGCCGUCCCUCCACAAGAACAGAAGCAGAUGUUGGGUGAACGUCUGUUCCCUCUCAUCCAGAACAUGCAUCCCAGUCUGGCUGGAAAGAUCACCGGGAUGCUGUUGGAGAUGGACAACUCUGAGCUGCUGCACAUGCUGGAGUCUCCGGAGUCCCUGAGGUCAAAGGUGGAUGAAGCAGUAGCAGUGCUGCAGGCUCAUCAGGCCAAAGUCCCCAGCACCACUGUGCCAGCCGUCUAACACAAGAAUGAUUCUCUUUGGCCCUGUCUUCACCAAGAAGGACACAGUAAAAAAAAAAAGAAAAAAAAAA